UCGAGGGGAUGUGAGCGUCCUGUUCCUGUCCACACUCUGGCGGACGGAUAACGGCCCUUCAGUCCCGCCCACAUUUUUACUUCCGUUUUCAGACUCCUUUCAACAGCAUGACUGCGCUCUCUCUCUAACUUCCUCUCAAAAAAGUAUUAUGGAUCUAAAGGACUACUUUAGAAGGAUUGGGUUCAGUGGCCUGUAUGAGAAACCUGACCUGGCCACGCUCUCCACCGUACACAAGCUGCAUGUGCUGAGCAUUCCCUUCGAAAAUCUCAGCAUCCACUGUGGAGAGAGGAUCACUAUGGACCUGCAGGUCAUCUAUGACAAAAUUGUUCGCAGCCACCGUGGAGGAUGGUGCAGUGAGAACAACUUCCUCUUCUCCUGGGUUCUGAGAGAGAUGGGCUACAAAUACACUACACUGAGCUCCAAGGUCUUCAACUUGCUUAAGAAUGAAUUCAACCCAAUAGACUCACAUCUCAUCAAUCUGGUUGAGAUUGACGGCAAGCCUUACAUUUCUGAUGUGAGUUUUGGUGUGUGGGGCCAACUCUGGCACCCAAUAGAAAUGAUCGCAGGCAAAGACCAACCGCAGCCUCCAGGGGUGUUCCGCCUACUGAAUGACGGUGAGAGGUGGACCCUGGAGAAGACGGGGAGGAAUCCGCUGAUCCUGAACGAGGCCUUCACCAACUGCAGCCUUGUCAACAAGUGCCUGACGAAGACCAUGUACAGCUUCACGUUAACGCCGCGCAGGCAUGACUAUUUUCUGGAGACAGUUGAAUACCUGCAGACCAAUCCUGAGUCUAUGUUCACCAAGAAAUCCAUCUGUUCCUUACAGUGUCCCACAGGCUUCAGAGCUUUGAUUGGUUGGACCUACUGUGAGGUCACAUUCAAGCCUGAAGAUGAUGUGGACCUCAUUGAUAUGAAGGACAUACCAGAUGGUGAGGUGGAGAUUGUACUAAGGGAAAAGUUUAAUAUUACUUUACUAAAUAAACUGACACCUAAAAACCAGAUAGCUGCCUACAAUAUAUAGGAAAUAAGAGUGGGUUACAUAUGCUGGUGAUAUGAAGGACAUACCAGAUGGUGAGAUUAAAGGAAAGGUUUAACACUACUUUGGAAAUUAAUGGGGUUUAUAUGUGGUGUUGUGCUUAUUUUUUUUAAUCAGCUAUUUCUAGCUAAUCUAAACUGGAAGUUUAGUCAAUUGUACUUAAUUUGUAUUAACUGCAUAAUAUGCAACUACAUUUUCUUUUCUUUGCGAUGCAUUUUUCAGUCUAACCAUUACAGUUUUGUCAAGUACAUAGUCAUACAUGGUAGAGCUCGUGCUCUGUCUGAGCUGAGGGGAUACAGUACAUGUAUAAUAUAAAUAUGUAUAUACAAAAUGUACAGUUACCAGUUGUUUUACUUUUUAACACACAGAAAAAAAUGGGCUGCUUUGGUAAUUUGUCUAUUGAAUCUCCAUAAUCCGUACAAACAAAAUGUUACAAUGGUGUUGGAAAAAAAACGCAUUUUGUAUUUGACUUUAUGAAACAGGAUCGCCCUCUCGUGGUGCCUUUUUAAGGUUGCCUGUAUAAUGAAAACAGGAAAUGCGAACAUAAAACUGCUACAAACUGCUGCUAUGUUUGUAAAUGUAAAGGCGACUUCGACUUUGACGUUUUGGCUCCUGCAAUAAACACUAAA